AUGGCCAACCCGAGCUGCAUUGUAGUGGGAAUAGACUACGGGACAACGUACUCUGGGGUUGCCUUUGCUCGAUCAGGCGAACCAGAUCGCGUUCAUUUUGUAUCAAACUGGAACACUACAAACUUCCUUGAAUGCACGAAGCAAAAAGUCCCAAGCGCUAUUUACUAUACUGAUGGAGACAAGACUCCGAUUUGGGGCUACGAAGCAACUUCUGGGCAUAGUCUCCGAUGGCUAAAAUUAUUACUGCUUGACGAAAAAGAUAUGCCACCUCAUCUGAAGGACUCAAGAUAUAUUCGCACAGCGACAAGAUUGCUCGAAAAAAAAGGAAAGCAUGUCACAGAGGCUAUUGCUGACUACCUUCGAGAGCUGUGGAAGCACACUCUUGUUGCUAUCAAAAAGGCUUUUGGAGAGAGGUUAGUAGCACUGUCGACCUUUAAAUUGGUAGUCACGCUGCCAGCAAUCUGGCAGCCUUAUGCCCAGAUGCGAAUGGAGCAAGCAAUUAUCAUGGCUGGGUUGUUGGAGAAACGCGCGGCAGGAGAAAGCACACUCAGUUUCUUACCCGAGCCGGAAGCGGCUGCCCUGGCUUGCUUUGCGAAGAUGAGCAACAGACCAGAUAUAAAGAAACAUGAUGACUUUGUGGUUUGCGAUGCAGGUGGUGGAACAGUGGACAUCAUCACCUACAAAAUUGCCAAGACUAGCCCCGUGACAGUCCGAGAAAGUGUGCCAGGAGAUGGUAGACUUUGCGGUGCUGUACGGCUAGACGAAGCGUUCGAAUCUCUCUUGGCACAAAAAUUGCCCAAAGACGUCCGGAAGGCUUUAACACCGGCUGAGAUGAAAAGAGUUCUCGACAUCAAUUGGGAAAAUGGGAUCAAGCUUGACUUUACUAACUCUGACAAGUCGUACCCGGUUCAAAUUCCAUUUUCGAUGAGUCUAGCUUCGAUUCGAUGCCCCAAAGAUGUAACCUUAAAAAGGUAUGACAUAUGGCCUGUUUUUCAGGAUGUCCUAGAUGAAGUCUCCCAACUGGUCUUGGACCAAAUUCGACGAGCAGUUACUCGCUACCGGAAGGCCCCAAAGUGUGUCCUCCUGGUUGGCGGCUUUGGCAAAUCUCGUAUCCUCUUCGACUACCUUAAGCAACAAAUAAAAGUGGCAUACUCUGGCGUUGAAGUAAUCCAGGAAGAAGGCGCGGAUCCAUGGACCGCAGUCUGUCACGGAGCAGUCAUCAAGGGACUUACAAAGCCACAAUCUCUCACAUCUAGUCAAGCCAAACUGGUAGACUCCAGAUUUUCUCGCCACAACAUAGGUACUCUCGUCAACAUCAUUCCAUUCGACGCAGACUGGCAUGAUGAAAUGGAUAAGGAGUGGUGUCCAGUCCAAAGACUGUAUCAAGCAGCGGACCAAAUCGAGUGGCUUAUCCUGAAGGAUGAGGUUAUCAAAGAUAAUGAGCCCAAAGGAUUCGAAUUUUUCCAACCUCUAAAUGAGGAGCCUCGACAAAUUGUGAACGACUUGGUCUACUCUCCAGCUUCGGAGGCGCCAGGCCGAUGCGAUAAUAGUGUCAAACUGCUGUGUACUGUGCGGUGGUCAUCAGUUCCCAACUACGAGUCAUUACCAAUAGCUACGACCGAUGACGGAUUCGAAUUUCGAGAGUUGCGCUACGAGAUCAAGUUUGUAACUCAUGGAGUGUCACAAGAUUUUCAAGUAUUUCAUAACGGCAGGAUGGUUGCAGCCAAAAGUGUGGAUGUCGACUUUUCUGACAGCGGAAAAUUGGUCAGACGAGAAUGA